AUGGAUUCCGAUUCAGAUUCAGAACCAGAAAUGUCAAAAUUUCUACCAAUAAACAACGAAGGCGAAGAGAGUUCUACAGACAUUAUUAAACUCAAGCGCAAAGGUAGUUCUACAGAUUUAAUAAAUCCUAAUCCAAAAGAUUUGAAUUUCAAUGACGCUGAUGAUUCUCUCUCCGAAAAAAUAAUUAUGAGUUCAUUACCAGAUAGUGGGCACUUCAAAUGCUCUAAAACAAAUUCGGACUUAACAGAUGAACAAGCUAGCGGGUUUAAUGAAAAAAUAAGCAGCCCAAAAGAUAUUGAUUACUGCAAAGAGCGCGUAAGUGAAGAUAAUACAGAGUACAGUAACUCAACCACACCAAUGAAUAUGGAUAAUCAAUCGGAAAUAAGUGCCAAAGACUUGAAAUUAUUGGAAGGUAAAACGACAAACGACAACGAUCCUUUGAAAGGAAUUAAAGAGGCUCAUUGUGAAACAGUCGCUAUAAUCAAGUGUGCAAUGCAGGACAUUUUAGGAAAGGCAUUUUGUAAAGCAUCAUUGGCUGCUUGUUCGGCUUUCACACUAAUCCAGCGCGAAAGUUCUAGAAUGGUGGAUAAUUUUAGAAAUAUGCUUGAUGAAAAAACGAUAUGUCCACCACCAGGGAAAAGUAACAGUAGUAGUAGCACUAAUCCCUGUGGAAAGCCCAAAGCGACGCAAUUCGAUGACUGUACAUGUAAGCGACCCAAAGGAUGUGACAAUUACAUAGCAAAUUUAAAAGAAGAACAUAAGAGCAAUAACGAUGGAGCAAAACUCGACACUUCCAAUACUGACUGUAAAUAA